AUGAACCAAAAAGAGUGGUAGUGCUCAUAAACAUUUAAAUUACCAAGUAAUGACGUUUAAUGUUUAAUAUUAAAUAAAUAGGAGGAUCAACUUAUUUCAGGAGGGUUUGAUCAUGAAAUAAUAGUAUGGAAAGUAGAUUUUAUGGAGAAUAAUUUGACUUUUCUGAACUCUCUAAAUAAAAAUAGCAAUAGGAUUCACUUAGUUUUAAUUAAACUGAAACUGUUAGGAUUAGAAGGAAAAUGGAAAUUCAAAUAUAAAUAAAGCGUUUAAUAUGGAAAUAAAAUUUAUUUCAUAAAUGACUAAUAAUUUCUAUGGGUAACUAGAGAUAAGUAAAUAAAUGAUAUUUUGGUAUUUGAAUUAGAAAAUGGAGUCUUUAAAUAGAAUUCAAAUAAAACUAUCACUUUAAAUAAGAAUAAUGAAUGUGAUGAUAAUUCUUAUUUUCCAAUUAAAAAUCAUAAAGAUAGAAAUGUGAUAUUGGCAAAAUACUAACAUCAUAUCGAUUUGAUUAUGCAAUAAUGGAUAAUAUUUUGUAUUUUUGAAUAAAAAAGAAAAAAAUACUCAUUCUAUCCUAUGAGAUAUUUUAAAAUAGAAUGA